AUGGCCAUUAUCUUACCCAACGAGGAUGAAGCAAAGAGACUUCUCGAUUUUAAUCAAAAGUUUCCUGUUGACAUUUUGGAUCGCACACUAGCUAGCGUUAACAUGUGCAUCGGAGAAUUGCCUCAGAGGCAAUAUUUACAAAAGGUCUUGGAUGAACUGAAGCAACAUCCGCAUUCUUGGACUGUCGUUGAAGCUAUUUUAGAACUGUCAACUUAUGACCACUCGAAGUAUUUUGCUUUGCAAAUUCUCGAGUAUGUCAUUCAAACUAGAUGGAAAGUCUUGCCACCACAGCAAAGACAAGGUAUAAAAGACUUCACUGUUGGCCAAAUAAUAAAGAUCUCUUCUGACACGGAAUUAGCAGAAAAACAGAAAACUUUCUUAAAUAAGAUGAACAUUAUCCUGGUACAGAUUUUAAAGAAAGAAUGGCCCAAAAACUGGCCAACCUUUAUCAGUGACAUUUGUGGAUCUUGUCGUACAAAUCAGUCACUAUGUCAAAACAAUUUGGUAAUUCUGAAACUCUUAAGUGAGGAUGUUUUCGAGUUCUCUCUAGGCCAAAUGACGCAAGGAAAAAUUAAGCAUUUAAAGGACAGCAUGUGCAACGAAUUUUCAGAAGUAUAUGCAUUGUGCCAGCAUAUUAUGGAAACAUCGCAAAAUCCACAGCUUAUAUGUACAACUUUGAAUACGUUAUUGCGCUUCCUAAGUUGGAUACCGCUUGGCUACAUAUUUGAAACCAACUUGAUCAACACAAUGAUUUAUAAAUUCUUGAAUGUCCCGUUAUUCAGAAAUGCAACGUUAAAAUGUCUUACGGAAAUUUCUGGAAUCAAAGCUUCGCAGUACGAAGGGCAGUUUAUAGAACUGUUUACGUCUACUCUAGCAAAUCUAAAACAGAUUCUUCCUUUAUCAAUUAACAUUAAGGAAGCGUAUGGAAAUGGAACAAAUGAUGAACAAUACUUUAUUCAAAAUUUAAGUUUAUUCCUGCAUACCUUUCUCAGUGAACAUGGAGAUGUUUUAGAGGCAAAAGCAUUGCAUUACUUGGUAUUAAUAUCUGAAGUGGAAGAAACUGAGAUAUUUAAGAUUUGCUUAGAAUAUUGGAACACAUUGGCAGCUGAUUUAUAUCGAGAGAGUCCUCUUGCAACUGCCAGCCCAAUCUUAGGCCUACCGACGCAUCAAACGCCUAGGCGCCAACUUUACCAAUCUGUUCUAUCGAAGGUGCGAUAUAUAAUGAUUUCCCGAAUGGCCAAACCUGAAGAGGUAUUAGUAGUUGAGAAUGAGCAUGGAGAAGUAGUACGAGAAUUUAUGAAGGAUACUGAUGCGAUUAAUAUGUACAAGAGCAUGAGAGAAACAUUAGUAUAUUUAACACACUUGGACUAUACGGAUAUUGAGAGAAUAAUGACCGAAAAGUUGCAAAACCAAGUGAAUGGCACAGAAUGGUCUUGGAAAAAUUUAAAUACGCUAUGCUGGGCCAUUGGCUCUAUUAGCGGCGCAAUGCAUGAAGAAGGCGAAAAACGCUUCCUUGUUGCGGUUAUUAAGGAUUUACUAGGAUUGUGUGAAGUAAAGAGAGGCAAAGACAAUAAAGCGAUCAUAGCUUCAAACAUUAUGUACAUUGUUGGACAAUAUCCAAGAUUCUUAAGGGCUCAUUGGAAGUUUUUGAAAACUGUUGUUAACAAACUUUUCGAGUUUAUGCACGAAACACAUGAUGGAGUCCAGGACAUGGCAUGCGAUACAUUUAUCAAGAUUGCUCAGAAAUGCAGACCUCAUUUUAUACAUGUUCAAUCAGCUGAAGUUAUGCCGUUUAUUGAGACAAUAUUGAAUGACCUUAGUAGUAUUAUAUGUGACUUGCAACCUCAACAGGUUCAAACAUUUUACGAAGCAGUUGGGUAUAUGAUAAGCGCUCAACCUGAUAAGGUCGUAAUGGAAAGACUCAUAGAGAAAUUGAUGUCAUUACCAAAUAGCAGCUGGGAUACAAUUCUGAACGAAGCUUCAAAAAAUCCUGAUAUUCUUAAAGAUCCAGAAAAUUUAAAAACCAUAUACAGCAUCCUAAAAACGAAUGGAAGAGCUUGUAAAUCGAUUGGGCAUGACUUUAUCGUCCAGUUGAGACGAAAUUAUUUGGAAAUGCUGAAUUUAUAUAGCACCUUAGGCGAAAGUAUCCUGUCAUGUGUUGCAACUAGGGGAGAAGCGGCUGUUAAAGAACCUGUUAUUAAAACUAUGCGAGCCAUCAAGAAAGAAAUCCUUAAAUUGAUAUCGAAGUGGAUAGAGCAAUCGCAUGAUCCUAAAACCGUCUGCGAAAACUUCAUCCCUCCUUUAAUGAAUGCCGUACUUGGUGAUUAUCAAAGGAGUAUUCCUGCUGCAAGAGAACCGGAAGUUUUAAACUCCUUUGCUAUAAUUAUAAACCGAUUAGAAAAUCAUAUCAUGGGCCAUAUUCCUGUUAUAUUUACCGCUAGCUUUCAAUGUACAUUAAAUAUGAUCAAUAAGGACUUCGAAGAAUACCCAGAACAUCGUGUAAACUUUUACUUGCUGUUACAAGCUAUUACGAAACAUACUUUUGAAGCCUUUUUUCAUAUACCACCGGAUGAAUUUUCUUUGGUAAUUAAUUCUAUAAUUUGGGGUAUGAAGCAUACGAUGCGCAAUGUCGCAGACACAGCUCUGGACAUGCUGCAGACAUUUCUGGAAAAUGUGCAAUUGCAAGCCGCCGAUGCUGCUAAGCAGGGUUUCUAUCAAGCUUUUUAUGUAUCUUUACUGCAACAUGUCUUUUCUGUGCUAACAGAUUCAUCCCAUGUUGCAAGUUUGAACAAGCAGGCAAAGAUACUGGCUUAUAUGUUCCGUAUUGUCGAAAAUGGUAAAGUUAAAAUUCCACUGUAUGAUCCUAGCAAUGCUCCUAACCCUAAUAUGGAUAACAGAACGUAUUUGUUGGAGUUUAUUGGUGGUUUGCUGAAGCAGGCUUACCCUCAUUUACUAGAUUCACAAAUUCACAUUAUCGUGAAAGGCCUAUUUGAUCUCAACGAAGACACAAACGCUUUUCGAGAACAUCUGCGCGAUUUUCUAGUCCAAAUAAAGGAAUAUUGCGGGGAAGAUGUAAGUGAUUUAUUUUUGAGUGAAAGAGAAGCAGAAUUGGCUAAAGCAGAUGAAGAGAAAAGAAAAAGGCAAAUGGCUGUGCCUGGCAUAUUAAAUCCCCAUGAGCUACCCGAUAAGCAAGAUAACGGUUUUCAGUAUUCUUUACAAAAUUGA